AAGUUCAGCAAUUUCUGUUGGCAAAUAUUGCUGGGACCUUCGUAUGCAACUUCCAGGAAGGAGAACACUAUAUAUCUCUUAGGCCUAAGAAAUAGCCUCAAUCAAAUAAUUAAAGCUCUUAUUCAAUCAUAUAUACUAAAGGCUACGUAACAAAGUAAUAACCUCUCCCCCAUCCACUAUAUAUAAUUGUGUCUUAUUUUGUAGAACUACUAUAUAGUAGUAUAACAUUACCAUUUAUUCCUCUCUCAGUUGGUGGUAGCUAGUAAUUUUCAUUUUAGAAUUAAUAUAUGGCUUGCUCACGAAAUGGUGGUAAUGUUGUGUUUGAAGACUAUUUUCCGGCGAUGGUGGAUAAAUUAGGGGAGGAGGGUUUCAUGAAGGAGCUGUGUAAUGGAUUCCACUUGUUGAUGGACCAAGAGAAGGGUGUGAUCACCUUUGAGAGCUUGAAGAAGAACUCGGCGUUGCUUGGCUUGCAAGGCAUGACUGAUGAGGAGAUAAGGUGUAUGGUCAGAGAAGGUGAUAUGGAUGGUGACCAAGCUCUCAAUGAGAUGGAGUUCUGUACUCUCAUGUUUAGAUUAAGUCCUGCUUUGAUGGAAUCCUCUAAACAAUUGUUGGGUCAAGCUCUUCUUUCUGAUGUUCACUUUAAGUAGUUAUUAUUAAGUAAUUGAAGUUGUACUGAGUGAGUGAUUGAGGUGAUCAGUUAUAAAUUAGCUAAUCUAGCUAAGACAUUAUUAUCUCAAUGUCAUGAUUCCCCUGCUUAUUUCCUCUAUCUCCACUCUGUAAUUCAAGUUUUUAAUUUAUAUAUUGCUGAAAUGAAAUUUUCCAUUUUUAAUCAA